AUGGAGGAGACAAAUGUUUCUAUUAUUGAGGCAAAUAUUGAUCAAGAAGUUGAAGAAAGUAAGGAUAGUCCAUUUGAUAAAAAGAAACGGAAAAAGACUUCAAAGGUUUGGGAUGACUUUAGUGAAGUCAGUCUUGCUAAUGGCAUAAGAAAAGCCAAAUGCAACCACUGUUGCCAAUUAUUUUCAAAGAAUAAGGAUGGUGCCACAACACAAUUGUUUAGACAUCUAAAAAGUUGUACAAAACGCCAAAUUUUAUUAAACAAGGGUCAAAAACAACUUCAUCUUGCUCAAACUGCAACUUCUAUGAGUACGAGUGAAUUAACAAACUUCAAAUAUGAUCAAGGGAGAAUUAGAGAAGUUAUGUCUCAUAUGAUUAUGGUGCAUGAGUUACCAUUUAAUUUUGUUGAGUAUGAUUUGUUCAAUGCCUUAAUGAGAACAGCUACUCCAAAUUAUCAAAGUAUUUCGCGUGCAACAGCUAAAGCAGAUUGUAUAAUGAGCUAUGAGAUGGAGAAAAAAAGGAUCAAGUCCAUGUUGAAAGAUACAAAUAGAGUUAGCAUCACAAUAGAUUUAUGGAGAUCAGGGCAGAAACUCAAAUACAUGGUUUUAACAUGUCAUUUCAUAGAUUCUGAUUGGAGAUUGCAAAAGAGGAUCUUAAAUUUUUGUAAUGUUCCACCUCCUCAUACUGGAAUUGUCUUACAUGAUGCUUUAUAUAAAUGUUUGCAAGAAUGGGGUAUAGAAAGUAAAGUGUGGACAAUCAUUGUUGAUAAUGCCUCUAACAAUGAUUCUGCAGUAAGAAUUUUAAGAGAAAAUCUUUUGUUCCAAAAGAAACUUCCUUUAAAUGGACAACUAUUUCAUGUUAGAUGUUGUGCUCAUAUUUUAAAUAUUUUAAUUCAAGAUGGAUUAUCUGAAAUUCAGAGUAUAAUUGAAAAUGUUCGAGAAAGUGUAAAGCACAUUUCAGCUUCUGAGGCACGCCUUCACAUUUUUUCUGACAUAACCAAACAAUUGAGGUUAUCAUCAAAAAAGUUGAUUUUGGAUUGUUGCACUCGGUGGAAUGCUACUUACGCCAUGCUUGCCUCGGCUUUGGAGUUCAAAGAUGUAUUUCCUCGUUAUCAACAAAGAGAUUCUGAUUAUCAAUAUUUACCAAGCGAAGAGGAUUGGAUUCGUGUUCAAGAAGUUUGUUCAUUUUUGCAGCUUUUUAAUGAACUCACAAAAAUCAUCUCAGGUAGUGAAUAUCCUACUUCAAAUUUAUUUCUUCCUGAACUUUGGCAAGUGAAAGAGAUACUAGAUCAACAAAUUUUAAUUGGGAGUUCAUUCAUGAAAGCAAUGACUAUAAAGAUGAAGACUAAAUUUGAUAAAUAUUGGAGUCAAUGCAAUUUGGUAAUCUCUAUAGCUGCUAUUUUAGAUCCUAGGAACAAAAUGAAGCUUAUUGAGUUUGCUUUUCCUAUAAUUUAUGAGCAUGAAGUUAGUGCCAAUCAAAUUGUUUUAGUGAAGAAUAGUUUGUAUGAGUUAUACAAUGAAUAUGUCACUGCACAUGAAGAAAAAAAAUCCAACAAAAAUCUCAAUGGUGAUUCAAAUGGUGAUGGUUUUGACCCCACUUCAAAUGCAAAUAAUGAGAAAGGAAAAGCUAUUAUGACAGGACGGUCAAAGUUUGAUAAUUUUAUUAGAAAUAUUGAUACUGUUCAACAUGCCAAAUCUGAAUUAGACAUAUAUUUAGAUGAUGGUAUUUAUAUAUGUCAAAAUGAUGAAACUCACUUUGAUGCAUUAGAGUGGUGGAAAACAAAUAAUCUCAAAUAUCGAAUUUUGUCAAAGAUGGCUUGUGACAUAUUAUCUAUUCCCAUUACUACUGUUGCUUCAGAAUCAACUUUUAGUGCUGGUGGUAGGGUGAUCGAUAAUUAUCGUGCUUCAUUAGGAGUUGAAACAGUUCAAGUUCUACUUUGUGGUGAGGAUUGGUUUCGUCAUCUUUAUGGUAUCAAAAGAAAGAAAAAGGAUGAGAAAGGCUGA